UCCCUCCCUCAACCGUCAGAGAAAAACCAGAGAGAGAGAGAGAGAGAGAGAGAGAGAGCAGCCAUGAAUUCCUCGUCCCCUGCCCCCUCUUCUUCAUCAUCUUCAUGGCUUCUACGAGCCUUCUUCCCACGAGCAAAGAAGAAAUCAGAAGAGAAGGAGUUGGAGGUGGACCCCGCACUUCUCCGCAAAUACGGAGUUACAGAGCAGCUGCGCGACUUCCUCAAGUCCUUCACCAUCGACACCUUCAAGGAUUUCAAUCUCUCCCUCCACUCAGGGUUGGUUGGGUCGUGCUGGUUGCAGAUGGUCAGAGAAUGGCUGAUGAUUCUCUGACAAAGACAUCCACCAAAAACAAUGUUCAGCAGGAUCUCACAAAGUGGCAGGAGCAACAUGCCACACUUGUGCUCUCCACUGUAAAGGAAAUAUCACAACUAAGAUAUGUUUUAUGUCCACGCCAUUUGAAGGAUGGACAAUUUUGGAGAAUAUACUUUGCGCUUGUCAAGAGCUAUGUGGCUCCAUAUGAGAUGCAUGCCAUACGUGAAGCAAAACUCAAGAUGAAAGCAAUGGAGGAUGAGAAAUCGAUGGAGAAGAAUGCUUGUGAAGUGGAGAUGAUGGAAGCAAAUAGCGUAACAAGUACGUCGUUACCUGCUUCCUCGGAACAUGACUCGGAUUCUCUCCAAUUUGGAGGUAAAGAUGUGGAAACAGGUGAUGAGGUGGCAAAGGCUGGUGGAUCUGACAAAGACAAUUUGAGAACAUAAGGUGUUAAGCAAUGCCAAUUAAAUGAAUGGUGGAAGAAUCUAAGUUGGAAAUUCCAGUCUUGUCAAAAGUCAGAGAUGCUUUUUUAUCAUGUUGGUUUGAAUCGUGCAACAAGCCUUGCCACCAUUUUGGCCAAGUUCAGCUUCUAUAUUCACAACGAAUUGCAGGAACUUCAAGCACAGAGACAUGGCUGGGUCUCCAAGGCGGCAGACUCAGUGAGUUGACUCAAGAGAAUUUGGGUGUUCAUAAAAAUGUGGAUUCUGUUGUCCAUCCAUUGCCCUGAAUGAGAGUGCAAUGAUAACGGGUCUGAAACGGCUUUCACUACAUUCUUGUUUUUGGGGGGAUUUUGUAGAUGAGAGCGUUUUUGGUACCAUCUACUUUUUGCAGGAUGCUGCAGAUGGCUCUGUAAAAAUGCCCACCUGGCAGACGUUAAUCCAUUAAUUCUCAUUCUGGGGUGCAUCCAAACAGCCUGAAUUGUUCUCUUUUAUCAUUUUCUUAUACAAAAAUCAAAACUGUAAUGUUUGUGUUAUCAGAUUUGAAUACUUGAAAGGUUUAUGUUACCUUUACCCUCAGUGUAGGCUGUAACAUGAAGGCUUUGAGGGAUUUUGUACAAAUCUUAGAUCUUUAGUUAUUAUUCUAUUUAUGUAAACUUACAUGGA